CCCACAUUACCCACCAUGGAUGGUGUGGCUGAGUUUGCAGAAUAUGUCUCUGAGACUGUGGAUGUGCCAUCUCCCUUUGACCUGCUGGAGCCCCCCACUUCUGGAGGCUUCCUCAAGCUCUCCAAGCCCUGCUGCUAUAUAUUCCCUGGCGGCCGAGGGGAUUCUGCGCUCUUUGCAGUCAAUGGUUUCAAUAUCCUGGUGGAUGGUGGCUCUGACCGGAAGUCCUGCUUCUGGAAGCUGGUGAGGCACCUAGAUCGCAUUGACUCGGUCCUGCUCACUCACAUAGGUGCAGAUAACCUGCCGGGCAUUAAUGGGCUGCUGCAGCGCAAGGUGGCAGAGCAGGAGGAGGAACAGUCUCAAGGCUCCAGCAGCUACAGUGACUGGGUCAAGAAUCUUAUCUCCCCUGAGCUUGGGGUGGUCUUCUUCAAUGUCCCCGACAAGCUGCGCUUACCUGAUGCUGCCCGAAAAGCCAAGCGGAGCAUCGAGGAGGCCUGUCUAACCCUGCAGCACCUGAAUCGUUUGGGCAUUCAGGCAGAGCCCCUGUACCGGGUGGUCAGCAACACUAUCGAGCCACUGACCCUCUUCCAUAAAAUGGGUGUGGGCCGGCUGGAUAUGUAUGUUCUCAACCCUGUCAAGGACAGCAAGGAAAUGCAAUUCCUUAUGCAGAAGUGGGCCGGCAACAGCAAAGCCAAGACAGGUAUCGUGCUGGCCAACGGGAAAGAGGGCGAGAUUUCAGUGCCCUACCUCACAUCUAUCACUGCCCUGGUGGUCUGGUUACCAGCCAGUCCCACUGAGAAGAUUGUACGGGUGCUUUUCCCUGGGAAUGCUCCCCAGAACAAGAUCCUAGAAGGGCUAGAGAAGCUUCGUCACUUGGAUUUCCUCCGCUAUCCUGUGGCCACACAGAAAGACCUGGCCUCUGGGUCUAUACCAGCGAACCUGAAACCCAGUAAGAUCAAACAGCGGGCAGACAGCAGAGAAAGCCUUAAAGCAUCUGCCAAGCCUGCUGUGGGUAAGCUGGCCAAACGGGAGGAGGUGCCUGAAGAAGGGGCAAAAGAGGCUCGGUCAGAACUGGCCAAGGAGCUGGCGAAGAGUGAAAAGAGGGCAAAGGAACCCCCAGAGAAACCUCCAGAGAAGGCCACCAAGACCGAGAAGGUACGAACUGAGUCCAGUGAAGCUAUGAAGGCUGAAAAGAGGAAACUGAUCAAAGAUAAGACUGGGAAGAAACACCUAAAGGAAAAGGUGUCAAAACUGGAAGAGAAAAAGGACAAGGAGAAGAAGGAGAUCAAGAAGGAGAGGAAAGACAUCAAGAAGGAGGAGGGAAAGAGGGAGGAAAAAAAGGAUGCUAAGAGAGAGGACAAGAAGAAAGAUGCUAAACCAGAACCCAAGAAAUUUUUGAAGCCAGACCUGAAACCCUUUACUCCUGAGGUACGAAAGACACUAUACAAAGCCAAGGUCCCAGGUAGAGUCAAGGCAGAAAAGAGUCGGACAGUCCGUGAGAAGGAGGUGUCCCUUGAAGUCCGGACCCCUCUGGCCCAGAAGGAGGUGGCACCACCCCCAGUAGUUAGUGCACCAAGAGAGCUGGUUCUAUCCUCACCAGAAGACCUUACCCGGGACUUUGAGGAGAUGAAACGUGAAGAGAAAGUUUUGCUUGAACAAAAGGAGGCAGAUCUGGAGGUGAGUCUACCCCCUUCUGAAACUCGGGAAGAAGAGCCCCCCUGCACGACUGGCCCAGGUGUUUUGCCUUCUGGCCCAGGCCAGGAUCAGGAUGCGACCAUGAAGGAAGAGAAAGAGGUUGUCCCAGAAACCCCUGAAGGAUCCACCAGCCAGGUCAGGAGCCCUGGUUCUGGAGCCAAAAAAGAGGAGGGUGAAGAAGUUGGGGAGGUCCAGGAGGGGAAGCAAAGGGAAGCUGAGAGGUUUCUAGAAGGAACAGAGACCCAAGAGGAGAGUGAACCAGAGACAAAGGAGGAUGUGAUUGAAAAAGCUGAACUAGAAGAAAUGGAAGAAGUACAUCCAUCAGAUGGAGAGGAGGAAGAAGAGGAGGAGACAAAAGCCGAGGGUUUCUACCAAAAGCACCAUGUGCAGGAAUCACUGAGGGUCACCUCACAGGGCAGGGAGGCUCUUGGGAGCCGAGAACCACAGGGUAAGGCCCCUGAGAAGGAGACAUCAUCAUUCCUCAGCAGCCUGGCUACUCCUGCAGGAGCCACAGAGCAUGUCUCUUACAUACAGGAUGAAACCAUCCCUGGCUACUCAGAAACAGAGCAGACCAUUUCAGAUGAGGAGAUCCAUGAUGAGCCUGAGGAGCGCCCUGUCCCACCUCGGUUUCCUCCAGGUACCUAUGACCUCUCAGGGCCUGAUGCUCCCGGCUCCUUUGAUACGAGCCAGCCCAUUGACAGUUCUGUACCUCCUACCCCUGCUAAGGGCUAUGGGGUCCCAGAGACAGAACUCCUCACUUACCCUCCUAACAUGGUGGCCGCUCCCUUGGCUGAAGAAGAACAUGUAUCCUCAGCCACCUCUAUCACGGAGUGUGACAAACUGUCAUCCUUUGCCACAUCAGUGGCUGAAGACCAGUCGGUAGCCUCACUCACAGCUCCCCAGACUGAAGAGACAGGCAAGAGCUCCUUGCUGCUAGACACAGUCACUAGCAUCCCUUCAUCCCGCACUGAAGCUACUCAGGGCCUAGACUAUGUGCCCUCUGCUGGUACCAUCUCUCCCACCUCCUCCCUGGAGGAAGAUAAGGGCUUCAAGUCUCCACCCUGUGAAGAUUUCCCAGUGCCCAGUGAGACUGAGAGAAAGGGAGAGGUCUCAAGAAGGGACCUGCCUGGAGAAAUUGCUGCAGAAGAGGAAGGAGGGGAGGGAGACGAGUCUCCCAAUGUGGAGCUACCAGAGAAGCUGCAGGAUCAUUAUGGGUCCCCACUCUUUGACACUCCUGGACCCACCCUCCACUCAGGGGAGCCAAUUCUUGGGGAAACAGAGGAGCGCUGCUUCAGCCCUGAUGACAGCACAGUCAAGAUGGCAUCACCACCCCCAUCAGGCCCACCCAGUGCUGCCCACACACCCUUCCACCAGUCACCAGUGGAGGAUAAGUCAGAGCCUCAGGACUUUGAUGAAGCAGUUUCCUGGGGAGAGGCUGGACGAACACCAGGAGUUGGCAAGGAAGAUAGUUCUAAAGAAAAGCUCAAAUCAGAAACAGUGGAAAGAGAACCAGAAAAAGAGGGGCACACCCCAGGUCUCAAGAGCACUCAUGCCCAAGAAACAACUGUGGGCACUGUCUCGGUGAUGCCAGAACAGGGCAAAGCUGCUGUCUUAAAGUCUGUGGAGGUACCAGAGAGCCCAUCCCUAAUUCCUGGUUCAGAGACCCUUCCUAGAGGUCUGGGGACUUCCCUCCAAGAGGCAGACAGCAUCCAAAGGAUUGAACCACUCCAAGUUUCUAGAAGAAGCCCCUCACCAGAACAUACUGAGCCCCUCUCAAUACAAAAAGCAGUCUCCCCAGAUACUGCCAGCAAAGGACCUCCUUCACCAUCUCCCCACAGUUUAGCAGAACAUGAUCUACCCAAGGCCGCCUGGCCAGAAGUAUCCCCUGAGGAUACCAAGUCACUUUCUUUCUCAGAAGAGAGUCCUAGCAAGGAGACCUCUCUAGAUAUCUCCUCUAAGCAGCUGUCACCUGACAGUCUAGGUACUCUCCAGUUUGGGGAUCUGAGCCAAGAAAAAGAGGAGAGAGUGCUACCAGGUGAGCAUGCCACUCAUCACUUGGCCUCAGAAUCUGACCUUCUAGCCACAGGCCCUCCUCUCAUGGAAAAAUCCCUAAUACACACUGUCCAGACCCAUGCCACAGACAACAGCCCCAUCCAAGAGAUAUCUGCCAGUCACUUCUCUCACACCGAGAGUGUGAGUCUGAGAGAUUCAUUUGAGACAAGUCUGAGAGAUUUGAAGCUUUCUCCAGAAAAGAUCUCAACUCUGGGUCAGGACAAUCUGAUCCUGGAUAGCUCCCUCACUAAAGGCUCUAAGCCCUCUCAGAGCCCAACUGAGGAAGAUAUAGCCCCAGGGUGGGAGGAUGAGGCCCUAGAGCAGGAUAAGAAGGCCUUAGAGCAGAAGAGAAAAUUCCCAGAACCCAAGGAUGAGGCUGGGGAGCAGCAUGAGACUUUUGAAGAGAAGAGCAAGGCCCUAGAAGAGAAGAACAAGGGGCUGGAAGAGAAGGGCAAGUACUUGGAGGAAAAGGAUGGGGCCCUGUCGGAAAAGGGAAGGGGCUUGGAGAAGAGCAAAUCCUCAGAAGAAGACAAGGCCCUGGAGAAGACCAGGGCCCUGGAAGAAGAUAAGGCCCAGGAAAAGGAUAGGACCCUAGAGGAUGCCCUGAAAGAAAAGGAUAAAGUCCAAGAAGGGGAGGACAAAGCCUUGGAGAAGGUCUUAGAGCAAAAGAUCCCAAUCUGGGAGGACAAAGCCCUAAAGCAGGGGGAUAAGUCAUCGGACAAGGUCCUAGAGCAGGUCAAAAUGCUAGAAGAAAAUCAAGUCCUAAAAGAAAAAGACAAGGCUCUAGAGCAAAAAGAUAAGAUCUCAGAAGACAAAACCCCAGAAAAGAGCAAGGCCUCCAUCUGGGAAGACAAGUCCCAAGAGCAGGAAGAGAAAUGGCGUGGCACAGCCCCAGCCAGGGAGGCUCCUGUUGGAGAACAAAAAGAGACUGCUCCAGGGUGGGAAGAUACAGCCCAUGAGCGAGACAGGUACUGGCGAGAACCAGAAGAUCGGGUGAUGGAAGAGGAGACAUACUGGAGGGAACUGAGUUGUGAGAGAAAGGUCUGGUUCCCCCAUGAACUGGACAGGGCCCCUGGCCAAGGGGCUAGACCACGUUAUAGUGAGGAACGGGAGAGCACCUUCCUUGAUGAGGGACCAGAUGAUGACCAAGAGGUGCUCCCUCUGGAUCAUACAACCAGGAGCCCUUGGAUCCCAGAUUAUAAGAAUUUCCAGGAUUCAUCACCACAGGGUGAGCUGGAGAUGGAGCGUUGGCUCUCAGAGUCCCCUACUGGCCUCCCACCAAAGGAGGAUAGGGUAACUCGUUCUCCCUUUGAGAUCAUUUCCCCUCCAGCUUCCCCACCUGAGCUGGCUGGGCAGAUGGGUUGCUCAGUUCUGGAUCAUGUUGCUGCUCCUUCAGUCCCAGGCCAAGAGACUCCUACUCCAGAGCCCAAGCCCAUGCCAACUACCCAGAAGGAGCCUUCUACACCUUCAUGGCUGGCUGAGAUCCCCCCAUGGGUCCCCAAAGACAGGCCACUUCCCCCAGCACCUCAUUCCCCUGCUCCAGUACCCCCAACCCCUGCCCCAGAGCCACUCCCUUCAGCCCCCUUCUCUUGGAGUAUGGCUGAGUAUGACAGUGUGGUGGCUGCAGUGCAGGAGGGUGCAGCUGAGUUGGAAGGAGGGCCAUAUUCACCCCUAGGAAAAGACUACCGAAAGGCUGAAGGAGAGGGAGAGAGUGGAAGUGAGACUGGGGCUUCUGACAGGGGUCCUCAAAGCUCAGAGGUCUCAGAGGCCAAGGAGUGCCCCAUAGCUAAGGAGCCUGAACAGACAGAGCCAGAGGAAAGGGAGCCCACACCCUACCCUGAGGAGAGGAGCUUUCAGUAUGCUGAUAUCUAUGAGCAGGUACUUCUGUCUGGCUUCAGUUCUGCUUGUCCAACCAGGGAGCCCCCACUGGGUGCAGUGGGAGACUGGCCCCCUCGAAUCUCAGCCAAGGAAGAGGCAGCUGGCCGGCACACCUCUACAGAAAAGGAGCUGUCAUCUCCAGCCUCCCCUAAAGACAGGAGUACUGACAUAGCUUUCCACUAUGCAACAUUUCCUGGACAGGGUGCACUGAGGCAGGAACUUGAGCAAGAGCAGGGUCUGGAGCCUCCAGCUGUGCCUCCCCGUGCUGCUGCUCCAAGUAAAGCUCAUAGCCCUCCUCUGGAUGGAAACAUCCUGAGCUGCAGACGGGAAGAAGUAACCCCAUCCCCCAAGGAGUUAAGUAGAGGACAGGCAGAGAGUUGGAAUGAACAUGCCAGUGACUCUGAGCUGGAGAAGGGGGCUCGAGAGCCAUCUGAGAAGGAAGGUCAGCCCCCAAGUCCCUCCUCCCCUAUCUCUGCUGAAUCUUCUGUAUCCAAGGCUGGCUCUGAGGCACUUACCAGUACUUCUUCUGGCUCACCCCCUGCCCCAGCUCGGCCUAGCCUGGACUUUCCUGCCUCAGCCUUUGGUUUCUCUUCAUUGCAGCCAACUGCCCCACAGUUGCCCUCCCCAGCUGAGCCUCGAUCUGCACCCUGUGGCUCCCUUGCCUUCUCUGGGGAUCGAGCACUAGCUCUGACCCCGGGACCCCCAACAAGGGCACGGCAUGAUGAGUACCUAGAGGUGACCAAGGCACCUAGCCUAGACUCCUCGCUACCCCAGCUUCCAUCCCCCACCUCUCCUGGGGCUCCCCUCUUGUCCAAUUUGCCCCGGCCUGCCUCACCAGCCCUUUCGGAGGGCUCCUCAUCUGAGGCUACUACUCCUGUCAUCACCAGUGUGGCUGAGGGCUUCCCCCUAAGCCUGGCAGCUGGAGAGAUGGAAACAGAAGCAGAACCAGCAGGCAGAAGUCUCUGGGACCUAACUGCAUUGAGCCCAGCCCCUCCUGCCGCGCUGAGCCCUACCCCUGCCCCUACCUUGUCUGGGGACAUGGAUGAUGGUACCCUACCCUGUCGCCUGGAGUGUUCUGGAGCAGUUACCAAGGCACUGGGAUCCUGUUCAACUCCAUCCAGGGAUUGUGCAGCAAAUGGCCCUACUGAGUUCAGCCCCAGUCCCCCAGGGCUCCCCACAGCCAAAGAAGUUGAAGAGAAAGCUGAGCUUCGCCCAGACUGGGAAUGUGGAGCCUGGCCUGAAGGAGCUGAGAAGUGUACCCGACCAGCUACACUGUUAUCUCCAGAACGGCCCUUGUGUCCAGGGGGAUCAACAAGGAGCAGGCCCAGCAGUGCCUCCCCAGAGCCAGAAUCUGGGCCUCAAGGAUGUGCUGCUGAGCCUUGGCCCCGAUGUGGAGAGCUGUCCCCAUCUUUUCUCAACCCUUCCCUGCCCAGGUCCAUUGAUGACAACGAUCUUUCCACAGAAGAGGCACGGUUAGUUGGGCGAGGGGGCCGGCGCAGGGUUGGGGGGCCAGGAGGCAUUGGGGGACCAGGCCCUGUGGCUGAUGAGACACCUCCCACUUCUGCCAGUGACUCGGGCUCCUCACAGUCAGACUCAGAUGUCCCCCCAGAGACAGAGGAGUGUCCCUCCAUCACAGCUGAGGCAGCACUGGACUCAGACGAAGACGGUGAUUUCCUUCCCGUGGACAAAGCGGGGGGAGUCAGUGGGGCACACCAUCCCAGGCCUGUCCAUGACCCACCCCCGGUUCCCCAACCUGACCCCCACCCACCCCCUCCACGCCCUGACGUGUGCAUGGCUGACCCUGAGGGGCUAAGUACAGAGACUGGGAGGGCUGAAAAGCUCCGGGAGAAAGAAAAAGAGAAGGGGCGGAGUGGGCGAAGGACCCUAGGCAGGGCCAAGCCAGCCUCCCCUGCCAGGCGUCUGGAUCUUCGGGGCAAGCGCUCUCCCACUCCAGGGAAAGGCCCCACCGAACGCACCUCCAGAGUCCCACCUCGGCCCCGUACUACCACAGGCCAGGCAGCACUUUCUGAGGAUAAGGACGGACACAGCAUUCUGACCAAGGGCAUGGUCAAUGGGCUCAAGACUGGUUCAACUGCCAUGAAUCAGAAGGGUGGCUCUGGCCCUCCAGUGUAUGUGGACCUUGCUUAUAUCCCUAAUCACUGCAGUGGCAAAACCGCUGACCUUGACUUCUUCCGCCGUGUGCGGGCCGCUUACUAUGUGGUCAGUGGGAAUGACCCCGCCAAUGGAGAGCCAAGCAGGGCUGUCUUGGAUGCACUGUUGGAGGGCAAGGCACAGUGGGGAGAGAAUCUGCAGGUAACUCUGAUCCCUACCCAUGACACAGAAGUGACCCGUGAAUGGUACCAGCAGACACAUGAGCAACAGCAACAGCUGAAUGUCCUCGUUCUGGCCAGCAGCAGCACUGUGGUCAUGCAGGAUGAGUCCUUCCCGGCCUGCAAAAUCGAAUUUUGAAGGGACCACUUUCCCCUCCCUUUCAUAUCCCUUUUCCCAGCUUUCCUAGAGAAUGGCUGAGGCUGAGUCCUUUGGGAGUGGGGGACUAUGGGAGCUGAAUGGAGCAAGAUGCCUGGGUUCUGGGGGCUGUAUUGAGUAGAAGGCAUCAUUCUUCCUUCCACUCCAUCCCCAAUAGACAAUGCCUCCUUCCCCUUUAUCCACAGGCCUGAGAGAGGUCUCAGAACCAAAGGAUUUCCCCAGAACCAAAGGGAACAGGGAGGGGGGAAGGCACAAAGUGGGAACAGGGGAAGUUUGCUUGCUGAGUGGAGACCUUGGAAUAACUCACUAUCCUACAGUGCUGUCAAAGGCUGGAGUUUAGAAGUGGAAAUAAGUACUGGACCCAGGAUUCUUAUGGAGAACUCGGUCUUCUUGCUUGGAGGAAGAUCACUCCCUACUCCUGGGGGACCUCCCUAUCUCAAAAGUAUUUAUUUGCAUCCCAGGAUUUCCAAUUAUAAUUUAUUAUAUGACCUGGGUCAUGAUAUAUCAAUUAAAUUCCCAGAGCUACAUACAACCCUGUCUCCCACCCCCUCCCACCCCUUAAUUCUGGCAGGAGUUGGGGGUAAGUAUAUUGCUGCUACCCUGCCCCUAGGAUCCCUUCACAUCUGAAUGUCUCAGUCUAAAACUUGAAGCUCUAUUGACCAACAGGCCAAACUGAAGAAGAGGGGAGGUUCUAUUUCCCCUACCAGCCUCUGCCCCUCAUUGGCAGGCAGCAAAGGCAGACAUCUUGCCUAUAUCCCAUUUGUAUGCCAAGGGCCUAGUGCCCAGGCCAGGCCUGUUGGGCAGCAGGGGGGAUAGGGGAGGAACCAGACCAGCCCAAUCCCAGAGUUUUCCCAAGCCCCUGGAUUCCAUGGCAUAUUCCCUCCAUGCUACUGCCCAAACCUUUCCUGCUUGGCUUCUAUGCAUGUGGCCAUCUGCGCUGGCCUGGUGUGUAAUGGGUAAAAAAAUGCCACUGCCUGAACCUUAACAUUUGACACCCCAACAUUGUGCAAUACCCCCAACAUCUCCAAUACCCUACUGCCACCCUGUAGCUGAGAUGGGGAUACCUCCCUAACCCAGAGUUCUCAAAAAUUAGAGCUGGGAGUUUGUGGAAGCCAUAGCAGAAGGAGUGUUGGAUGGGGGGAGUGGGAAGUGCAGGGGAGGUGGUGGAGCUAAACUUCAGUUCAUCCCUGCAGGAUCAAAAUAGGCUGAACAUGGCACCUUGGAAAAAGGGACUCCCCCCCCCCCCAAGAAAGUCCAUGUACUGCCCUGCUAGCCUGCUGCCAGACUGUGAGGCCAAGACCCUGACAUAGUUGGUUGUCUGGGCUCAGCUCCUGUCCUGAAGGAAAGAAUCAAAAUGUCAUUUUCCUGCUUCAUCUCCUUGCUGCUCUGCUCUUCAUCCCUGCCCAACCUUUCUUUCUUUCCUUGCCCUCACCCUGGCCCCCACACUCAUUUUCCCACUGUUGUAAAGGAGCCACCUUGAACAUUAACAAUAAACCAACUUUG